AUGCCUCUAUUGAAAUUAUUCGAUUUGCAGAUGGCUGAGAUAGUGGUAAGAACUGUGAGUGGGUUGAAGAAGGCUAGAGUAGCAGCUGUGGCUAUGAGCUGUCCAUCAGAAAUCAUCUUGCACAUGGAUACCUACACUUCUGAUCAAUUAAGGAAUCAAUUGCUGGCGUAUCAUCCAGCUGGAGGGGAGAUCGCUACAGCUCAAGCAUACGGUCUCGCAAGAGAUCUUCUCAAUGCCGAGACCACUAAAGAUAAGAGUGUGGUCGUGUUCUCAAAUGGCCAAACUUCAACUUGUAACCAACCUUUGUUUGGAAAUAAGGAUGAAUACGACAUUGCCAAGAAGUUGCGCGACGGAGGCAUAAAAUUCGGUUACGUCGGGAUCGAAACACCUGCGAAUGUAACAAGUUUAGACGAGAUUACGCAAGAUCCCAAAAAAGUAGCGCUAAUGAACAACAUCACAAAGCUCAAUCCUGAGGACAUCGAUCAAACAGUGGACUGGUUGCUUGAUCUACUCAAAACUGCACCAGAGGGUACAACCGAGGGAGUCACAGCAACGUCACCGGCAUUGGAAAAGGUCACCACAAACCCCGUCAAGCCGCCAAUUUCAGUCCCACAAAGCCCAGAGGGCACAUCUGGAGCUGGGAAGUCAAUCGUCUUCCUACUAGACGCCUCAUCAGCUGCUUUAGGACAGGGAUGGAGGAAUACACAUACUGUGGCGCUGCUAGCAUGGAAAAAGCUGAGGUUCAUUAACGGUGAUGGGCCAGCAUAA